UAGAAUUGGAAUCUGGCGAUGCUAAGGCAAUGUUGGAGCAUUUUACUAGUAUGCAAGAAGAGAAUCCUAAUUUCUUCUACGCAAUGGAUCUAGAUGAAGAACAACGCUUGAGAAAUGUGUUUUGGGUUGAUGCAAAAGGCCGGGAGGACUACAAGAUUUUUGGAGAUGUGGUUUCUUUUGAUACGACAUAUAUCACAAACAAAUAUAAGAUGCCUUUUGCUCCUUUUAUUGGAGUGAAUAAUCAUUUCCAGUCUACAUUACUUGGUUGUGCACUCCUUGCAGAUGAAACUACAUCGACGUUCGUUUGGUUAAUGGAGACAUGGGUUAGAGCAAUGGGUGGAAGAGCUCCUACUGCCAUUUUAACUUAUCAAGAUCAAGCCAUGAAAGCUGCAAUUGCAAAAGUUUUUCCAAAUGCUAGACACAAGUUCUGUUUAUGGCAUAUAUUGAAGAAGCUCCCAGAAAAACUUGGUAGUUUUUUGAAAGAAAAUGAAAAUUUUAUGCUGGUUCGUGGACAGAGGAGGACUUUGAGAACAAAUGGCAAAGUAUGAUUGAGAUCUUUAAUUUGGGAGAUGAUGGCUGGCUUCAAUCUUUGUUUAGAGACUGUAAGCAGUGGGUUCCUACUUAUAUGAGAGAUACAUUUUUUGCCGGAAUGUCCACAACUCAAAGGUCAGAAAGUAUUAAUUCUUUUUUUGAUAAAUAUGUAAACAAGAAAACUUCAUUGAAGGAGUUUGUUGAACAAUACAAAGAAGCUGCUCAAGAUAGAUUGGAAGUGGAAGUUCAGGCCGAUUUCAAUAAUUUGCAUAAGUUGCCUAGUUUAAAGUCUCCAUCACCUUUCGGGUAUCAAAUGUCAAAGAUCUACACACUUGAGAUUUUUAAGAGGUUUGAAGAAGAGGUUUUGGGAAUUUCAGCAUGCAAUCCUAUAAAACAAAAGGAGGAUCCCAUGACCAUGACUUUUAGAGUUCAAGAUUUUGGAAUGAAAGAAGAGUUCAUUGUAGUUGUGGAUGGAAGCACAGGACAUGUAUCUUGUUUAUGUCGUCUACUUGAAUACAAAGGUUUUCUUUGUAGGCAUGCAAUGGCUAUAUUGCAAUAUUUUGGUAUUUUUUGUAUACCAGAUCAGUACAUACUUCAGAGAUGGAGAAAAGAUGUGAAAACAAGACACACAACAAGAGAAACUAAGAUGGUUGACCCUAAAAUUCAGCGUUUCAAUGACUUGUUUCAGAAAUACAGAAAAGUAUGUGAAGAAGGGUCUCUUUCUGAUCAAAAGUAUGAUAUUGCAAAACGUUUACUAGAGGAGGCCUUGAGACAAUGUGGAAGCAUCAGUCCUUCUAUUAAUCUCAAUAAAGAAAUGGUGAAGAACAUUGACAAAGAGAAUGUCAAUAAUAAAGUGAGCUGUGACAUUCAUAUUCUUGAUCCAAAAGUUUCAAGCACAAAAGGAGCACCUAAAAGAAUACGAUCUGGAGUUGAGAUCAGUUCAAGAAACGGUAACAAAAGAUCAAGAAAGGCACAAGAAAAUCUGGAAGUGCCUAAAAAUAAGACAAAAAAUACCUUACAGAAGGUACAUGAAAAAGUAGGGGAUACAAAUUUUGAUAAUAAUGAAUGUACACAAGACUGCUUGCAGGAUAUUGGGAAUACGCUGGACUAAAUGCUCAAUUUGCACGACAAAAGAAGAAAGUUGGAUUUGCAGCAUAAGGGAGCAAAAUUGACUCGUUUUUGUUUGGGAAAGCUACCUAUAUUGAUCAAAUAGUGCUGAACAAGUUUUGAUCUUGUGUUAAUUAAUAGUACUAUGGUUCAUGGUUAUUAACCAGGUGUUAUAGCCAUGACAUAAAUUCUA